AUUAAAACAUGCAAAACGUAUGCGCAUAAAUUUGCAUGUCUAAAGAGGCCGGCCGCGCAGCGAGCGGGGUCGAUGCGUCCAAAAUGGCGGAGCGGGCCGGGCGAAGCGGAGGUGGCCGGCUGGACAAGAGCAUCACCUUGCCGCCGGACGAGAUCUUCCGCAACCUGGAGAACGCCAAGCGCUUCGCCAUCGACAUCGGGGGAUCGCUGGCCAAGUUGGCUUACUACUCCACCGUCCAACAUAAAGUGGCCAGGGUACAGUCCUUCGAUCAGUCGUGCAAGGAUGUCGAACACGAGUCUCCCUACGAGAUCACCGUCCAGGAGGAGAUCACGGCCCGUCUCCAUUUCAUUAAAUUCGAGAACACCUACAUCGAAGCCUGCUUGGAUUUCAUCAAAGACCACCUCGUCAACACCGAAACGAAAGUCAUCAAAGCCACGGGGGGUGGUGCGUACAAAUUCAAAGAACUUAUUGAGGAGAAGCUGGGAUUAAAAUUAGAUAAAGAAGACGUGAUGACUUGCCUGAUUAAGGGGUGCAAUUUUGUCCUCAAGAACAUCCCCCACGAGGCCUUCGUCUACCUGAAGGAUGCCGACCCCGAGUUCAGGUUUCAGAUGAACCAUCCCCACAUUUUCCCUUACUUGCUGGUCAACAUUGGCUCCGGAGUUUCGAUCGUCAAGGUGGAAACGGAAGAUAAAUUUGAAUGGAUUGGCGGAAGUUCCAUCGGAGGCGGGACUUUCUGGGGCCUCGGAGCAUUGCUUACCAAAACCAAG